AAUUACGAACAUUUUGCUAUAUUAAAAUACCUAUGUGUCCACUGAAAAUUUCGAGUAAUUUUUGUUCAAAGUUCAGUACUUACGAUUCGCAGCUGCUUUUUGCCUUGUUUUCGCAACUUCAAACUUCCACAACUUUUGAACCGUUGCACAUAGAGCUUUCGGUAAAAAACCAUUUUAAAAAGGAUGAAACUCCGAACAUUUUGAUUAUUUAAAACGCGCACAUGCUCACUGAAAAUUACGAGUAUUUUGAGUUUGAAGUUAAUGUACGUAGUAUGCAAAACUCAGCAAACUAAAAGUAUUCAUAAAAUCAUUAUUUUUCCACGAAAUGAUGAAAAUUUAACAUCAAUCGAUACGGAAUUUUAUUGUCUAUAAUUUGAUACUGCACCAAAGUUCACCAAAAUUCGCGAAUAAUCGAAAAAGUUGAAUUUUUUACACGAAAAAUUGCAUUCACCUUUUCAUCAUAUCACCUUUUCAGAUAGUUGACGGAACAGCCGCUAGGUGUCAGCCACUUCGUUUUUUUUCGCGAAUUUCUUUGAAAAUUUUAUCAUCUCGAAGAGAUGUAAACAAAAAUAUUUUUUUCUGUUAUCUGAAAAAACAAUUUUUGACCAAAAAAAUCCACAUUUUGUCCAUAAAAUUGAACCGAAUAUCGAAAAUUUUGGUUAACAAAUGAUCACAAAAAGGAAAAAGAAAGAUACGGAAACAUUACAUUGUAAUCGAAUGCUUCAAAUGUCCAAAAAUCUGUUCAGUUCGAGUUAAAAUUAUAACAACGUUGAAAUGAAAUGUGUAGUUUUAUGAACUUGCAGCUUGAUUGAGAAAGAAAUUCUCCUCAUCGUUUUAUUCUCUUCGAUUCACUCCGCAUCAUGGAAGUUACUUCAAAAAAUUUUGCAACCUGUUCGCCUGAGGUCCUGAGUGCGAUCGAUUCAGCAGAUUUUAUAUCAAUCGACUGUGAAUUUACCGGACUGCGAAACGGUGUCGAAACAACAGCUUACGAUACUCCUGCCGAAUAUUACACGAAAUUGAGAGAUGGCAGUUUGAGCUUUCUGCUGGUUCAAGUUGGAAUCUGUACUUAUAGAUAUGAUCAGGCUAAAAACAAAUACGUUUAUAAAGCUUUCAAUUUUUACGUAUUUCCACGAUCGAUCAACCGGAUAAAUAACGACGUUAAUUUUCUAUGUCAAGCGUCUUCUAUAAGUUUUCUAUCUAAUGCUGGUUUUGAUUUCAAUAAGUUAAUCAAAGAAGGUAUACCUUAUUUGACGUUAGCUGACGAAGAAACUUUACUGAAUGAACUUAAUCAAAAGUACCAGAAUAUAAACGAUACCGAAUCAUAUCCUAAAGUAGCGAUACCCGAUGAUUUAACUGGCAUCGUCAAUGAUAUUUGUAACAAAAUUGAAGAUUUCUUAUCACCUGAAAAUAAAGAAAAAGAACUACAGAUCGAUAAAUGCAAUGGUUUCGUUAGAAAGCUCGUUUUUCAGACCGCUUACGAGAAAUUUUCCACCAAAAAUUUCAGUCUGACUACGAAAUGGGUCGAUAACUCUGCAUAUUUAGUCGCUCAGAAAGGUAAAUCGAAGAUUGAGCAAGAUAAAGAGAAUUUUGAAAAAGACUUGAAUGAAUUAAAAGAUGCGUUUGGAUUUUCAAAAAUUAUUAAAUACAUAUCAGAUAGGAAAAAGCUAAUCGUUGGUCAUAAUAUGGUGCUGGAUAUUUGCCACAUUAUCAACAGGUUUUGUUUACCUUUACCUCCCAGUUAUACCGAAUUCAAGGAAAUAGUUCAUCAAUUAUUUCCCAAAGUUAUUGACACGAAAUAUAUGUGCAGCACAUCACCUUUCAAAGAUCUCAUUCCUUCCAGUGUAAUGGAUCAUAUGAUGAAGCAGUUACGAGAACCUCCUUUUAAAUUAGCUGAUAUAGAACCCGAAAGUUCAGAGUUCGGUUACUCUGAAACUGAAAGUAAAGCUCAUGAAGCCGGAUAUGACGCUUACAUGACCGGAUUAGCUUUCAUCACUCUUACUGCUCACCUUGGUAAAAAAGCUAAACAAAAUUUAGUAAAAUGUGAUUCUGAUUUGUUGAAACCGUAUGAAAACAGAUUAUUUUUAAUGAGGAUAAUGGAUUAUUCGUAUAUGAAUCUUAAAGGAGCCGAACCUGUACCUAAAAGAAAUCACGUUUAUCAUAUCACGUUUCCAAAAGAAUGGAAGACUAGCGAUAUCAUGCAACUUUUCAGUCCUUAUGGUAACAUUCACGUAUCCUACUGCAACCAAACGACCGCCUGGGUCACGCUUCUCAACGCCGAAAAAUCCGACCAGGCUACUUCCGGUCUAACUGAAUCGACUGCAAGUCCCAUCAGCACAGUUCGAAAACCUUUUUCGGUUCUAACGUGGAGUACGUUCGAGAAAAACAAACGAACCAACGCGAAAAUCUCGGCACCGAGUAAAGUAGCCACGUCUCGGGGUCAAAACAAUGUCCAAAAAGUGGUCCAUGAAGCGAGCAGUACCGUUGAAAAGAAACGUACUAGUGAUAUCGACGAUAUACCUCGUAAAAAGAAGAAAAAAGAGAAUUCGGUAAUAACUCAGGAUUCUCGUUCGAUUAAAAACCGGAAAAAAAUGGUUAAAGAUCAAGAUCCCUCGAAACAGGAGCAUGUUCGUGAAAACUCUGUACUAUCGAGCGUUUGUGAGUUUCGCACAUUUGUAUUCUUCGUAGCUGUGUUGAUAUUUCUAGCCACCAAUUAUUUAUUAGGAUAGAAAGCUAAACCGAACAUAAUGCUCGAUCAUUUGAAAAAGGUCAACGAACCUUUAACACAGAAAACAUUCGAAGAACCUUCUUCGUGGGAUUGAGUCAUCGAUUCGGUGUUUGAACGUGUGAUAUUCAACGAGACGACGUAAUUUUUACCUAUUUACGUAAUGAAGUGAACAUAAACAAAAAAGUAUUUUUAAAUUCUCUCUCAUUUUGUUAAUUUAAAUACAAGAUGUACAAAAUAAUAAAAAAAAUAAAUAAAAUCAAAACGUA